CAAAUUCCGGUGAUUGAAGCAUACCUUGAAAAGUCGGCCCUGUAAAUUCCCCGCCGUCGAAAAGAAAGAAAUACACUCCACUCAUCUCCGUUGCCACUUCCGGCGUGUCUCGGCUUCUCUCUUAUCCGGCCGAAGCUUUUCAGGGAUGGAUAUAGUUGAGUCCAUUCAAAGUCUUGUUGUGCAAAACCCGCCAGGGGAAGACUUCUCAUCUGCUGAUUUGAAUUGGACCAAGUUUGGGAGUGCAGAGCACCAAGAUGAGGUUGCCCUUAUUCCUUAUGACCGUGUUGAUGCUUUCAUUAUCGGAGAAUGUUCGAAUGUGGAAUGCCCAACAAGAUUCCACAUUGAGAGGGGGAGGAAACGAGUUGAAGGGAGUUUAAAAGAAUAUAGGCCUGAUGAAUACUUGGAGUACAGGAUGUAUUGGUGUUCAUUUGGCCCUGAAAACUAUGGAGAAGGAGGAGGUAUAUUACCAAGCCGAAGGUAUCGACUCAACACUCGAAACCGCGCUGCUCGACCCCAAUCUAUGAGGGGAUGUACAUGCCAUUUCGUGGUGAAGCGUUUGUAUGCCUGCCCGUCCCUUGCACUCCUAAUAUUUAACAAUAGGCGUCAUGUCAACAAGUCUGGCUUUGUGUGCCAUGGACCACUUGAUAGAGAUGCUAUUGGACCUGGUGCUAAAAAGAUCCCAUAUAUUUGCAAUGAGAUUCAACAGCAAACUAUGUCUAUGAUCUAUCUUGGCAUUCCUGAGGAAAAUGUUUUAGAGAAGCACAUUGAAGGCAUUCAACGUUAUUGUAAUUCCGAUGCAAAAGUUAAUAGCCUUGCCUCACAGUAUGUUCAAAAGCUUGGCAUGAUUAUUAAACGUUCCACUCAUGAAUUGGAUCUUGAUGAUCAAGCUAGCAUUCGGAUGUGGGUUGAACGAAACAAAAAAUCUAUUUUCAUUUAUCAAGAUCCAUCAGAAAAGGACCCAUUCAUCUUAGGAAUUCAAACUGAGUGGCAGUUGCAACAAAUGAUUCGCUUUGGUCAUCGUAGUAUUAUAGCAGUUGAUUCUACAUUUGGAAUAAAGAAACUCAAGUAUCCCCUGUGCACGCUUCUUGUUUUUGACUCAAGGCAACAUGCACUUCCUGUUGCAUGGAUCAUCACCCAAAGUAUUGCAAAGUUAGAUGUGAGCAAAUGGAUGAAAGCUUUGUUUAGUCGUGUACACACAACUGAUCCAGCAUGGAAAGUCAAUGGGUUUUUGAUUGAUGAUGCCGCAAUAGAGGCUGAUCCGAUAAGGGAGGCAUUUUCUUGUCCUUUAAUAUUUUCCCUUUGGCGUAUUCGUAGAUCUUGGUUGAGAAAUAUUUGUAAGAAAUGUGGUAAUAUUGAAGUGCAAAGGGAGAUAUUUAAGCGCCUAGGUGAUAUAGUUUACAGCAUUUGGGGUGGAGGUGAUCCGGCUGUUGCUUUAGAGGAACUCACUCGAGACUUUGUUGAUCAAACUGCCUUUAUGCAAUAUUUUACAUCUACUUGGGUGCCUAAAAUAGAAAUGUGGCUAACUACAAUGAAGACAUUUCCACUUGCAAGCCAGGAAUCAUCUGGUGCAAUAGAAGCAUAUCAUGUAAAACUGAAAGCAAAACUAUAUGAUGAUUCACAUCUGGGUGCAUUACAGAGAGUUGAUUGGUUGGUCCACAAGUUGACAACUGAGCUGCAUUCAAGCUACUGGCUUGACCGAUAUGCCGAUGAGAGUGAUUCAUUCCAAAAUGUCAAGGAAGAAUAUAUUGCUUCUACGUCAUGGUAUCGAGCACUGCAAAUUCCUGAUGCAGCUGUAUCCUUCGAAAGUAGACAACAAUCACAACACCACUUUGCUAAGGUUUUAAGUCAAAAAGACAACAACGUUACACGCCUUGUUUGGAAUCCCGGAUCUGAAUUUGCUCAUUGUGAUUGUGAAUGGUCAAUGCAAGGAAACCUUUGCAAGCAUGUCAUCAAGGUCAAUAUGAUAUGCGGAAGUAUUCAGGGCUUUCGAUCUUCCAUGUCAUUUCAGUCAUUCCAAGAGAUUUUAAUGAAUCUAUUGAAAAAGCCAAUGGAUGACUCAGUAGCACUUGAUCUCUCAACAGCGUGGACACAGCAGAUGCUUGAUCAGAUUCAAAAUCUUGUUGAGCUGAAUAGUUCCAAUAACAUAGGCAACAUAGUUAACAAUAUGCCUUUGAGAUGGAUAUCUAGGAAACGCAGAACAUCCCGUGGCAAACCAACAUCAGCACUUACUCUGCCCCCUAGUUCUCAGAGUGGUGCAAUAAAUUCUACUGCACGCAGCAAGAAUAGAAAGCGGAAAAGAUUGUCAAAGAUAGGCUGAAUGCUUAUUUUGUCCUUAGACAAUGUUGCCGGAGUGUUAUGCUUCAUCAGCCAUGCAGCUAGAUGCUGGAGGAGUUUAAUUGCUUUAGAUGCUCUGGCUCCAUGCAAGGUCAUUCCUUUAAUUUCAUAUUUUGCAAUCAACUAACAUUAAACCAUAACGAAGCAACGAUUUCACUUUGCAUGCUCCACUUCUGCUGAAUCUCUUAGGUAUUGGGCUUUUAAAAAAAAAAUAGUGUGGGACUAUAUAUGAGAUUGGAUGUGCACUUGUCUGGUGUUUAGGCAUGCAUGUCUGGCAGAUGUACUGGCAGUUUAUGGCUGACAUUUUUCAACAGAGAUGGCUUUAUAAGCUCCUUAUACAUCAGCAAUUGUUGUCUAGGCAGUCUAGCCCAUGUUCCUCCAGACUUACUCUGAUGAAAGAAGAGACGGAGCUUACCAAGAAAAAGGCUCUUCAUCUCAAUGGUUAGACAAGUCUGGCAACCAAGUGAUGGAUUUACAUCUAUACUAUUCGCUUCAAAGUGAAUGUGUCUAAGGUUUGACAGAUGUUUCUUUCACAGUUUUACUGGAGUGUAGGAGAAAUGGUCCCUAUUAAAUGGAAGCUAUGAUGGCUAGAAGUGUGCAUUAAUGAACCAAACUUGAGGUUGAGGGCAUCACCUCAAACACAGUUUGAGCUUCUGAAAUUUAAUUUCACUGGAGUAUAUGUACACACCAGUGCUGAAACAAAGCUGUGAUUGCUGCCUGUUCAACCAGAAGGAAUCUCAAGCGAACGGAGUAGAAACCAUUGUAAUUUUAGUGAAUGCUUGAGAAAAUUGAUUAUGAAGAAAGAUUGUUUUAGGCGAAAUCUUUAGUGUGGCCAUCCCAACGUUGUAAAGACUAGAAAAUGGUUUGGAUUGAUCUAAGUCCAAGUUGAGUAGGUGAGGGGGAGGGAGUUGUGUACUUAA